GGGGCACAGGCACUGGUUCUGUCUGAGAUGCUCAGACUACUACUUGGAGUGCUGUAGGAACAGGGAUGUUCCCCUCUGUUCUCACCUCCCUGAGGAUAAAAUCUGGCGUUUUCCGUAGCACAGACCAGCAGUCAGAAGGGAAAACUGAGCCUCCAUGCAGACUCUGGCAAGCAGGGAUGGAGCUGGCCCACUUCCCACAGGGCUGCUGGCACCCUGCACAGCAUGAAGGAGAAACAGUGGAAUUGCAGAACAGUUUGUGUUGAUAGGGCCCUUAGAGAUAUCUCUUUCCAAUCCCCUUCCACAGGCAGGGACACCUUCCACUAGAACAGGUUGCUCAGAGCCUCACCCAUCCAGGUCUUGAACACUGCCAGCAACGAGGCAUCCACAGCUUCUCUGGGCAGCCUGUGCCAGGGCCUCACCACCCCCAAGGAAAAAUGUCUUAUAUCUCACCUAUAUCCACCCCCUUUCAGUUUGAAACCUGUGUUGAGCAGCAUGCCAAGAUCAGAUGGACAGCAGACAGCCUGUCCUGCACAUCUUUUCUUCCCAUUUGGCCCAUGCCAGGUUUUCCAGCAGGAUUUUCCAGCCACUGGCAGCCCCUGUUGCUGGGGUUGGCAGCACUGGCUGCUCCCAGCAGGUUUCCAAGGGUGUUCCAAAAGGAAUACCACAACGCAAAAGUGUUUUCUCAAUGUGGGAGUGCCAAAUGCAGAUUGUAAAAAAGCUCUGGCAGGAUGAAUGUUUGGGUUUUUAAUAUAUUGUUGUAGUUUAAACCAUGCAAAAGCAUGGAGCAUUUUCAAGGGCUUGGGGUAGUGUUUAUCACAGCCAAGGAGAAAACAGCCCCCAGGAACCCCCCCAAUUCUUUAUCAGCAGGCUUAGGAGGGAGGGAGCUCCAGGCAUCCCAUGACUGAAUGCAAUGUAAAGCCAAACCCUGAAGAGCCUGGGUGGGGUUAGAGGUGCUUUCUUCCCACACAAAAUUGCUGGAUAUGUUUAUUUCAAAAUUCAAGCCUGGAGGACUUGUCCCAGGGAAGGCAGUGCCACCUGCACCCCUGUUUUCAGAGCCAAGCACCACGUCACUGCUGGUUUGACCACUCUCUCCCUGGCGUGGAGGUGGGCAGGGUGCAGAAGUCCAAACCAUGGAGCCACCAGUGAACCCAAACCUGUAAUUAUUCCUCACUGGAAGCCCUGAGGGAAGACCUCCAGCAAGCCAUGCCCAUGGGACAGAGCGCCAGGUGAGGCUGGAGCUGCUGGGUGGCUUUGGGGACUUGAGGCUGCCAGCUGCAGGCUGCUCCCAGCCCAGCCUGGGCAGCAAGGUGUUGGUGUGAGUGGCAGCACUGAAGCACUGAAGGCUGGGAUGGGGCAGUGAAGCCCAGUCAGUGGGGAGAGGUUUGUGACAUCCCCACUGAGCUGUUUGGCUCAUUUUGCUGCCUGACCUGUCCAAAGAGGGAGGAUCCUCCUCAGUUUUCCUGUCAGCAGUUUCUCUGCAAGGUCUCGCGUCUUCCUCAAGCUUCCUCCCUGCUGCCACAGCAAUAAUCCCACAGGACAUGUAACAGGCAAGGAAGUAACAUGAUAUAUCAGCACAACCACUGGCUUCAGUUCCCAAACGAGACCCCUCCACCAGAGAGCAAUGGUUACUCUGGACACUCUCCCCUUACAAGCUGUGCUGCCCUGCUGACUGGAGCAGAGCCAGCAUCUCUCCAGAAGUAGGGGGGUUUGCCUUGCCUCUUGGCAAUGAGCUCUCAGAGGCACCCCCUGUCCCUUCCCUGGGGGCUUGCAGGUGUUUGAGAACUGAGAGAAGCUUAAUUUUUUCAGCCUUUCCUUUUCACACUAAGCCACAGAACCGCCCUGGGCAGGGGAGCAGCCAUGGCAAGGGGCAGCUGGUGAGACUACAUGGUCCAGCUCCUUUGCAUUCUGCUGUCUGCAGGCUGGGUUAGAAACAGGAGAGCAGGCUCUGGAUCCGUCAGAGGGGAUUUUCCAAAAGUGCUUGCCCUCUGAUUCAGGUUGCCAAAAUGCUUUUCAAAGGGACUUUUCUUGAAAAUGAUACAGAGCAGUCACUCCUUGAAGGCACCUUCAGAGAGCUCCUUCCACACUGCAUUUCCAGAGCCACUGUUGCACCUUCAUUCACUUGGUUCUCCUGAGCUCCCAUCUCUCCACAGGGACACUUCGGUUCCCUACACAAGGAUCCCCAGGACAAGCAGAAUUAAGUUUUCCCAGGCCCACAGGGCUGCAGGUGAUGCUGCCUGAGGGAUGGGGAUGAUGGCUGAGCACUGCUUGCUAGUGGGCUUAAGCAUUCAUUAAUUACUACACGUGGGUAUAGCAAGGCCAGCCCAGAGCUGGGCUUUGCUGGCAUUCAGCUGUGUGAAGCCAGGUACAGCCACAGCCACUGGCUGGGGGAGUCACAGCCUUGGGGACACCCCUGCCUUGGGGACACCCCUGCCUUGGGGACACCCCCAGGCUGAGUAAGCUGAGCACUCUGCUUUGCAGCCUGACCCACAGUGCUGCUCCAGCAGCCAGACCCUUUCAAAGCCCAGGGUCUGCAAAGUCCAUUCCUGGGCUUUGUUCAAGCAGCUCUGCUUCAGAGCUGAUCCUGCACAGUGGGCAAGAGCAGGGCCUGCAUUCAUCAGCCCUCUGAGGAGUAGGUGGGAGAGCCAGGUGUCUGCAGCUGGGCUUAAGAGACAGAAUUCAUGAUCCCAGAGUGGCUGUGGCACAUCCUGGAUCCAUCCUGGGGAGACCUUUGUGCCCUCUGGGCUCUGCUCUACUCAGCUGCAGCUGUGGAGCUUCUGAAAUGGCUGAGAAGGAGGCAGGUCCAGCAGAAGAUGGAUGAGGCAAGGAAGUCUUUGCAUCUGGCCCUGGAGAGAAUGGAGAAGGCAGCUUGCAGGCUUAAACAGGUUCUCCACCCUUUGCAGAACCCAGGCACCCAGACCUUGCAAAUCCUCUCACUGACAAUGAUGGAGCUGGAAGAGAAGUUGAAGGAGGGGUCCCUGUCCCCAGAAAGUGUCCUCUACUCCUACAUGGACAAGGCUUUGGAGACUAACUGGGAGGUGAACUGUGUGACAGAUUUCAUUCAUGGAUGUGAGGAUCAGCUCCAGAAACUGAAGAAGCAAAAGGAGAAGGGGCUGCUCUGUGGCACUCCUAUCAGCAUCAAGGACCACGUUAACUGCAAGGGCCACAUCUCCUCUGGAGGAAUGGUGACACUUCUGGGCCAAGUGAAGGAAGAAGACAGCGUCAUUGUCCAGGUUCUAAAGCACCAUGGGGGAAUCCCCUUUGUGAAAACCAACAUCCCACAGACCAUGAUGAACUACGACUGCAGCAACCCCAUCUUUGGGCAGACCUUGAACCCUCUCACCCAGAAGAGCCCCGGGGGCUCCUCGGGAGGGGAGGCAGCUCUGAUGGCAGGGGGAGGCUCCAUCCUGGACAUGGGCUCGUGUGUGGCUGGCAGCAUCCGCCUGCCCUGCAGCUUCUGCGGGCUCUGCAGCCUCAAACCCACAGACAGCAGGAUCAGGUACAUCCCAGCUCCUGUCCUCUUCUUCCACCCACUGUGGGGCUGCCAGGGAUGUGCCAGCCUGGCCCUGUGCAUGAAGGCUCUGCUCUGCCAGGAGAUGUUCCAGCUGCACCCCACCGUGCCCCCCAUCCCCUUCCAUGAGCAGGUUUACACCAGCUCAAAGCCUCUUCACAUCAGGUAUUUCAAAGGAGAUGGUUACUCCCAGCCCUCACCUAGCACGAAAUGGGCUGUCCAGCACACGAGGCAGCUCCUCCAGGGUGCAGGGCAUACGCUUGCUCCCUUGCCUGACAAAGACCGACUGUGUGGUGAUGAGCUGUUCACCAGAGGGAUUUUCUCAGAUGGGGCGACCCACCUGGUGGACUGCUUUAAAGGAGACAUCAUGGAUGCCAACCUGAAAUCCCAGUACAAUACUGAUAGGCUUCCUGCCCUGGUGAAAAGGAUCUUGGCUAUCAUUUUGAAACCCAUAUACCCACGAGUUGCUCAGGAUCUCAGUGCUCUCUGUGGAGUGGGAUCUGCCAAAAACCUCUGGGAUCAGCAUGGAGCAGUGGCAGCUUACCACGCUGAGUUCAUCACCACAUGCAGGCAGCUAAGGCUGGAUGUGAUCCUUUGUCCUGCUGGGCCAGCCUGCAACCACAGCUAUGCUGGGAAGCUCUUUGCUGCAUCCUCCUGCACCAGUCUGUGCAAUGUGCUGAUUCCUGCUGGGGUGGUGCCGGUCAGCAGGGCCACGAGAGCCGACCCAGAAGAACUGAAGCACCACCGAGGGCACCCCUGGGACAAGAGGCUGAGAGAGGACAAGUUCUAA